AAAAAAGGCCCGUGAAAUAAUAAUAACAUAGUACUAUAGUUGUAGCGAAAAGGAUCACAAAAUGACAACAAACACGAGUAACAUACGUUAACUGAAUCGAGUAUUUCAGAGAAUAUUCUAACAAGAUACAUCAUUCGUAACUAUCAUCACACAGAAAUGUAAUCUUAUAACCCUAAAUAAAGCCCCUAUAUUAACCCCAUACGUCAUUUUCAUAUCAAAAACCAUCCGAACCUAAUUCACAUUUCACAUAUCCAAACCUUAAACAAACUCUCGAGAAUCCAAAAUAAAAUGAAGAAUCUCGCAGUUCUUGUUGCUAUGAUUCUCUUCUCAUGUUUUGUCACAUCACAAGUUACAGCAAGCGACUUGUUACCAAACCCAUCAUUGCGUAGUGAAAAGCUUGAAUGGUGGCAUUACCAUUACUACCCUUACUACCACCCUAAACCACAUUGGGCGUUCCCACGCUCUGCCGGAAAGGCUUUUCCGCCACUCCCUGCCGGCUACAACCCCUACUUCCACCCGAUUCCGUUCCAUCUACCAAUGGUAGUCACCAAAUGCUUGUCUGAUCGCAAGGAGGUAAAAACAUGUUUGGUGGAUAUCGCUAAGGCUUUUUACACUCGAAAACCCCUUAUUGGAACGGAAUGUUGCGCUUCGAUACUGAACAUGGAUAGAGACUGUGAUAAGACUAUCUUUGGAGCUUACCAUAACCCUUUCUUUGACUGGGCUGUUAAGCUUCAUUGCUCCACCAAAGCUGGAUCGACUCCUUAUGCUCCCUCGCCGGCUUAAUUAGGGUAUUUAUUACUUACAAAUAACAAGUAAUAAUUUCUUUAGUAGGUUUCUGUUUUUUCUUGCAUUUAUUAUGCUUUUCUAUAUUAUGUUUAACGAUUCCCUCAGUAUUAGUGAUUUUACUUAUUAAUUUAUUAUGCGUUUUGGAA